GUAGUUCGGAGACCUACAAACAGCUGGAGAAGCAGUCUUUAGCAUGAGCACGUUAUUAAACUUGGACAACUGGGCGAAAGUUAAGAGACUGUUGGAGUUCUUGCACAGAACCGGAGUGUACACACGAAUAUAAGAACUGAUCUAAGGACUUGAUUCAUCGACCUGAGGAGGGCAGCAAUACGCCGUUGUGCGUCUAGCCUGCCUUACCCAAAACAGAAGAAGAAGAAGAGGGAGAGGGAGAAGCUAGCUGAAGGCUGCUCGGUGAAGUAAACAUGACGCUGUUGACAACUACGAUGUUCUCUGAGCAGCUGCAUUAAAAGUAACUCACUUGAUACAACAACGGAUGCUGAAUAUUAACAUCGACACGACAAGUAUUCAGCGGUUUUUGGAGCUCUUGGAUCGGGAAAGAAAUAUUUUUAACAGGUUGAGAAGUGGACUAUAAAUACUGCAAUGCCUCUGCUGUUUUUGGAGAGGUUUCCUUGGCCCAGCCUGCAGACCUACACAGCAUUGAGUGUGGCUUUGCUUGCUGGCAGCAUCUUCAGUGCCUACACCACGGUGACAGACCCGGGGUUUGGGGCCCUGGAAACCGAUGAAAUUCCAGCCCCUGAUGUAGAUCUCGAAAAUCUGAACAAUGACAUUUCUAACACAGAAUUGGCAACCACUGUCUUGUGGUAUCUUGUCACUGACAGUCUCUUUGUAUGGGUCUUAGUCAACACUUUCUGUUGCUCUCUGAUGCUUAUAGCUAAAAUGAUUCAGUAUGUGGUGUUUGGUCCACUGAGAGUCAGUGAGAAGCAGCAUCUAAAGGAUAAGUUUUGGAACUUCAUUUUCUACAAGUUUAUUUUCAUCUUUGGAGUAUUGAAUGUGCAGACAGUGGAGGAGGUAGUGAUGUGGUGUUUGUGGUUCUCCGCCCUGGUUUUUCUCCACCUUAUGGUGCAGCUCUGCAAGGACCGAUUUGAAUAUCUGUCUUUCUCACCCUCCACUCCCAUGAACAGCCAUGUGCGAGUGCUUUGUCUGCUGGUCUCCCUGCUCCUGGACUGCUGCGGCCUGGCUGUGGUCUGUGGUCUUCUUGGAGCUUCCCAUGGCAUGCACACGCUCUCUUUUAUGGGAGCAGAGUGUCUGCUGGUGACAGUACGCACCGGGCAUGUCAUUAUGCGUUACUCCAUACAUCUCUGGGAUCUGAACCAUCCAGGGACCUGGGAGAGCAAGGGAACAUAUGUAUACUACACCGACUUUAUCAUGGAGCUGGCUAUGCUCUUCCUGGACCUCAUGCACCACAUCCAUAUGCUGCUUUUUGGCAACAUCUGGCUAUCCAUGGCAAGCUUGGUCAUCUUCAUGCAGCUGCGGUAUCUCUUCCAUGAGGUUCAGCGCCGUGUACGGCGUCACAAGAACUACCUUCGUGUCAUCAACAACAUGGAGGCCAGAUUUGCUGUUGCUACGGCAGAAGAGCUGGCAGCUAAUGACGAUGACUGUGCUAUCUGCUGGGAUACCAUGUUGACAGCUCGCAAAUUACCCUGUGGCCAUCUUUUCCACAACUCGUGUUUACGCUCAUGGCUGGAGCAGGACACAUCAUGUCCAACAUGUAGGAAAUCACUGAACAUCAAUGGGGAUGGGGGCCAGGCGAGAGGCCAGGAGCAAGGCGGGGAAGACAACAUUGGCGCUGUAGGAGCUGCCGCAGAUGCCAGGCCUCAUAUCAACCAACACAAUCACUUCUUCCACUUUGAUGGGUCCCGCAUUGCUAGCUGGCUGCCCAGUUUCUCCGUGGAAGUGAUGCACACCACCAACAUCUUAGGCAUCGCACAGGCCAACAACUCCCAGCUCAUGGCCAUGGCCCAUCAGAUCCAGGAGAUGUUCCCUCAGGUUCCCUCCUACCUGGUAAUGCAGGACCUGCAGCUGACCCGCUCAGUUGAGGUCACCACUGACAACAUCCUGGAGGGACGCAUUCAGGUGCCUUUCCCCACACAGGCCAUAGAGCGUGCACCCCUACAGGUAAACCCUGCAUCAGAUGAGCAGCCAGGGACAAGUGGAGUAGACGAGCAGGGACUCAGUGAGGUGGACAACAUGGAGGUCAGAGGAGGGCGCUUCUCAAAGUCAGCUGAGGAGAGGCAAAAGAUGUUAAAGCAGAGAAAAGAAGAGAUGAUCCAGCAAGCACGCAGGAAAUAUCUGAACAAGAGUCCAGAGGACAUGGAUGAGGAUUUGCCCGGACUGGAGGAGGACAUUAUUCCUGAGUUGGACUUGACUGUGCUGAGACGUAGAACCAUGGCAGCAGCUGCAGAGAGACGCAUGCAGAGUCAACAUGACCCAGCACCCUGAGACACAGAUGAGCUUUAGCAAGAGAAUCGGCAACAGAGCUAUUUGCUAAAACCCCCUUCUUCCAUUUGGUGUACAGUCAGUGGUCAUUAACUCUUUAAAACAAUAUUAAAAAGCAUAGCAAACAUGGCCUUUGGACUGUUUCAGGCUGCCUAAAUAAAGUGGGACUACUGUGAAAGGUAUUGGUAAUGGAGUAUUUGGAGCAUCAUAUAAAUUGUUGGCUGCAGGUCAAGAAAUGCAAGGUUGCAUCACCCCUUUAUUCGUGUGCCACACAUUGCAACCACCAGCUUCAGGGGGGGUCAGUAUCUGCCAUUACUGGGACUGGCUUUUAGAAAAGCAUGCUUUGCAUUCAGAGGGGUUUUGAAGGUUUCAGAUCUAGGUAGAGCUUUUUGGGUCUUUUAUGUUUUCUUUUAUCAAGACGUUUUGCUUUUCAUUUCUUCUACUCAUAAUGGAAAGUUACAUAUUUUGGAUGAAGACACUCAUCUGAUGUGUUAUUAUUUUAGGCGUUUUAACUGUGAAGUAAGUGUAGGCAAAAAAAUCCAACAGGUUUUUAUUUCUUACCUUGGAGUAAGAGAAUGUCACUUUAGUAUUGUUCAGCCUUUCUGUCAAAUAUGAAUGUUUCUAUCAAAGUAAUGCUGCAAACAAAGUGUUUCUGAACCACAUGGGGUUGCUCUGUAUUUAAUGUGUUAUACCACCCAUUGCAAACAGUUUGCAUUUUGUUAUUUAACAAGAGGGGAAGUGUGCAUGUCAAAGUUUAUAAUGUUCCCUUGAGAUGCACAGGCAACAAAGGAGAUGUAUUACAUUUUAUACGAUUACAAUCAGGUGUCAUCCUCCUGGUCUCUCUUCAACUACCUUCUUUUUAUGACCAUAUUGACGUGAUCAAGAAUAUAAUUUUCCAAUAAUAAUGAGCUCAAUGGUCUUUAUGAUCUGUGCCCAUCCUUUUUUUAUAUUGCUUACUCUCAUUGAGGACAUUUAAAUCAAAAAUAAUACCAGCUAUGAAAUAGUCGUCCUAUGUUCAAAGAUCUUUAAACCAACAUAGAACAUAGAAUGGGCCCAACUUUCAUUGAAUCAGUAAUAAGUUGAGGCAUAUCUACAAUCAUAACAUACAGAGACUCUGUUAUUGUUUUAGUACUUGUCUUUUCAAUGCAAGGAUAAUGUGGGUGAGACAUGCAUGAAUCUAGACAAGUGCUUUUGUUUCUUUUAUCCCAAAGAGCAGCCAACAAACUUCCACUGAAAACUGAAUUGUUGUGAUCUCAUGUUUAUUUUAUUGUUCAAACUUCAUUUGAGGAUGUUUUAAAAAUAGAAGACUUAGUUUUAGUAUUCCAUUUUGUCAUAAUGCAAAAAAAAAAAAAAAAAAAAAGGGACAACUUGUUUCCCAUCUCAUGUUUUUCACCAGUUAUUUAACAACUUAAUUUCCAUUAUAUAUUUUCCUAUUCAUGGCUUAUCUUUCAUAACCAUCACUUAUUCAAUCAAAACUGAAAGAUUUUUUUGGACUGAGCUUCCCUGUAUUUUGUGCCUAAAUCAAGAAUGGUUCGGUUAUGAAUAAUUUCUGUAAAUCUAGAUUUUUGUAAAAUAUGUUAAUACGAUACAAACGACUCAAUAAACAGAGCUUCUACAGCUUUUUAACAAAA